UUCUGAGGUUUCUGAUCUGUAAAAGGCGUGUCUAGCAUGCCUAGCACGCCUAGCAUUUUACUUCCCAAAUUUUCCGUUCCAGUAACUUGUUACAUAUCACUAAACUUGCAAAAAUUAUUAGUACAUUCUGCCAAUCAAAGUUCGUGUUCAGACGAUAUCAAAAGAAGCUGUAAGCCAGGAGAAAAGAUUGAUGGCCAUGCAAUAAGAAGUCGAUGUGAUGAAUAUAAAGCAGAAAUUGCAAAAUGUCCGAAAACGACUUACAAGACUUAUUCUCAAAUCCCACCACUAAAAUGCAAUUCAAAAAUAUCGGACACAUAUCUUAAAUCUGUAAAAUCCAUAGAGUAAUACGCCAAAAAAAUUGCAAAACUAGUUGAGAAAUCAACAGAUAGCACUCUACAAAAUCUCGAAACAACAGUUCAACAGAAUAUAAAUGAAGAAUCUUCAAAAAGACAAGAGAUUUUGAAAAGUGUAGAAGAAAAGAUAUGGGAAUUAAUCAACCUGCAUAAUAUCUUUGGCAUUAA